AUGUUGACCCCAUAUCCACCGGUCUUCAUUGCUGUAGCCGGUCUCGUGUCGCCAAACAUCAUGGACUCACCUGUCCUGAACCAGCUGCUGCGGCAGCUAUUCCGACAUCCCGCCUGUCAGUCUCUUCGACGGCCCCCCUCGUCCAUUUCACGUCAAACGCGCACGUUUCUCACACGCCGCACACCCACGAAGCGCAAAUCCCAAGACGAUGGCAUGCUCUGGACGAAACGAGGGGAUUACCCCAAGAACAUCGACGAGGAAUACUGGCAGUAUCCAACUGUCACAGCCAAAGACUUGAAGAACAGGCGCGAGCGACCGCGACAGGUGAAGAUGUUGACGCGAGAAUUCAUCGAUGAACCGUUUGAUUUCAACCAGAUCGAGGACGGGCCUGCGUUCCAUCGAAUGGUGGGUGAACGAUACACCGAGUUCGAAGACAAGCUCGACGAGGAGAAACCAGACAUUGCGAGACAAUUGUGGCAUACACCAACAGAAUUGUUCAAGCCCUAUUACGGAGAGACGAUUGCGCGGUACUUGGUCUCGAAUUACAAGCUCACGCUGUACCCAUACCACGACCUGAUCAUCUACGAGAUGGGCGCGGGCAAUGGAACGAUGAUGUUGAACAUUCUUGAUUUCAUUCGCGACACGGAUUAUGAAGUCUACCAGCGUACCAAGUACAAGAUCAUCGAGAUCUCACCGGCUCUCGCAGACCUGCAAACCAAGAACUUGCUCGAUACCCUGAGCUCCAAGGGCCAUCGAGAACGAGUCGAAAUCAUCAAUCGCUCCAUCUUCGACUGGGACACUUACGUGCACUCGCCAUGCUUUUUCCUCGCCCUGGAAGUCUUCGACAACUUCGGUCACGACACCAUCCGCUAUGAUGCCCGUACACAAACCCCGCAACAAGGCGGAGUGCUCAUCGACGCCAACGGCGAUUUCCACGAAUACUACAACACCCAACUCGAUCCGGUCGCCGCUCGCUUUUUGCGCGUCCGUCAAGCCGCGGCGCGCCGCCCUUUCCCUAGCCCCCUAGGACCCUGGUAUCUGCGUAAUCUUCGAUCCGCAGGGCCAUUCCGAAAGGAAUUCUCGUCUCCAGAAUAUAUUCCUACCAGACUGAUGCAAUUCUUCGAUGUGUUGAAUCAAUUCUUCCCAGCCCAUCGUCUCGUAUCGAGUGACUUUGAUUUCUUGCCGGAUGCAGUUCCUGGCUUGAAUGCGCCAGUGGUACAAACUCGGUAUCAACGGCAGACCGUGCCGGUCACGACCCCAUUUGUCCAUCAAGGGUACUUUGAUAUCUUUUUCCCCACUGAUUUCAAUGUGAUCGAAGACAUGUAUCGGGCCAUCACGGGGAAAUUGACCCAGGUCACGACACAUGAGGAUUUUGUGCGCCGAUGGGCUUACAUUGAGGACACGGAGACAAGGAAUGGAGAGAACCCGCUGCUCACCUGGUACAAGAAUGCCAGCAUGUUGAUGACGGUAUAA